AAUGAAUACAUAUGCAGCCAGGUGCGCAGAGCAUCAUUAUAUGAUGAGCGGUGAUCUAUGGCAAGAUGCUCCAUAACGUCAUCUGAGCCAUAGAAGAAUAAAAGUAGGACUAUUUUACCUGUCUCACAACAAAGAUCUCAGAUCAGUCCAUUAAAUAGUAGAACCAUAUUUGAUGGGGACGAUGGGAAAACACAUCUUCAUCAAUAUUUGCAAGAUACCUCUUCUUCUCUUCUUGUUGUACUUGUUCAUCUGUUCUCUGGACAUCCUGAGCUCAGCCUUUCAGUUAGCUGGAGGUAAGGUUGCAGGGGACAUAUUCAAGGACAACGAAGUCUUUUCUAACCCUGUGGCGGGACUGGUGGUCGGAAUACUGGUUACUGUCCUGGUCCAAAGUUCCAGCACUUCCACCUCCAUUGUUGUCAGUUUGGUCUCCUCUGGAUUGUUGGAUGUUGGAUCUGCCAUUCCCAUCAUCAUGGGAUCAAACAUUGGCACAUCUGUCACCAAUACCAUAGUGGCUCUGAUGCAGGCAGGGGAGAGAGAGGAGUUCAAACGAGCCUUUGCGGGUGCCACAGUGCACGAUUGCUUUAACUGGCUGUCAGUGUUGGUGUUGCUGCCGCUGGAAGCCAUCACUGGCGUGAUCAGGCUCGCGUCGGAGGCGGUGGUUGAAAGUUUCAACAUCGUGACCGGAGAGGAUGGUCCAGAGCUCCUGAAAGUCAUCACAGAACCCCUCACCAAAAGUAUUAUACAGCUGGAUAAGACUGUAAUCGUAGGUAUAGCCACAGGGCAAGAGGUGCUGCGCAAUAAGAGCCUGAUAAAAGUUUGGUGUCAGACACGGAUCACGAUCCAAGAGAAUGUUUCUUUUCCGCAUUCAGAAGCCUCAGCUGUACCAACCACAUCACUUCACAUGAAUGCCGAAAAAUGCACUCAUCUAUUUGUGGAGACGGGAUUGUCUGAUCUGGCUGUGGGCUUGAUUCUGCUGUCUUCUUCACUGCUGGUGCUUUGCACCUGCCUCCUGCUGCUGGUUAAGCUUCUCAACUCCCUCCUCCAGGGACAAGUGGCUAAAGCUAUCCAGAAAAUCAUCAACACAGACUUUCCUUUUCCGUUUGGCUGGUUGACUGGCUACCUGGCCAUUCUGGUUGGUGCUGGAAUGACUUUUGUUGUUCAGAGCAGUUCGGUGUUCACUUCUGCCAUCACUCCUUUGAUAGGUGAGUCCUUCCUCCCUAAGAUGACCAGGCUGAACUUAUGAACAACCACUACAGCCAUCUUAGCUGCAUUAGCUAGCCCAGGAGACAAGCUAGCUGCAGCCUUUCAGGUUGCUCUGUGUCAUUUCAUCUUCAACAUUCUGGGAAUAUUGCUUUGGUACCCAGUUCCUCUUAGCCGUCUCCCCAUUCGCAUGGCACGGUUUUUGGGUGAGCGGACAGCAAAAUAUAGGUGGUUUGCUGUGCUGUACCUGAUUCUGUGCUUCCUCCUUCUGCCAUCCAUUGUCUUUGCCCUCUCCAUGGCUGGAUGGCAGGUUCUGCUGGGGAUCUGUGUGCCAUGUGUUGCUCUCCUCCUCUGCAUUGUUGUUGUGAAUAGACUGCAAUCGCAAAAGCCUCACCUCCUGCCUUGGUGGCUGCAAACCUGGGACCACCUUCCUCUCUGGAUGCACUCACUCAAACCAUUGGAUACCAUCAUCACAAGAGUCACAUUGUGCUGCAGGAAAGCCCAGAACAGUGAUCAGAGCCGCACGUCUCCCGAGGAUCUGCCACAAUUGACGGAAUAUGAAGCUGAAAAAAAUCAAGCCCCUUUGGCACAGAAUAGCCCAACUUUGAUUUAUGAUUAUGAGACUGAGACGGGGGCAGUUUUUGACUCAUUGGAUGGCAAGAGCAGCAGGAUGUAGACUACAUGUGGUCCAUUAAAUGCUUUUUGGCUCUUAAAAUAGUUUAUCUUUUCAUAUCGUGAUUAAACAGGUUUCCUCUCUGCA